AAUCUCAAAUAAAUACAUAAGUAACAAAUCUAAAUUACAUACGCCAAAUUCCUAAUCCUAAAUCCUAAAGUCUUAAAAGGUCUCUAUAAAUCCUACAAUCCCUCGUAUAAAACAUCGCAGAAAAACCACAAGAUUCGCAUCGUUGAGUAUUUUGAGUUUGUAUCGGAGCAUCAAUGGCGUCUCCGGAUCUGGUUUCGAAGGCUAAAGAAGCGUUCAUAGACGACCACUUCGAAUUAGCCGUUGACCUAUACUCUCAAGCCAUUGCCUUGAGCCCUAGCAACGCCGAACUAUUUGCCGACCGUGCUCAGGCAAAUAUUAAGCUCCAAAACUUCACUGAGGCUGUUGCUGAUGCGAAUAAAGCUAUCGGGUUAAAUUCUUCAAUUACAAAAGCUUAUCUGCGUAAAGGUAUGGCAUGCAUGAAGCUUGAGGAGUACCAGACUGCUAAGGCAGCUUUGGAAAUUGGUGCCUCUUUGGCACCUGGAGAUUCCAGGUUCACUAACUUGAUCAAAGAGUGUGAUGAGCGCAUAGCAGCAGAGCAAGCUGAAGAAUUGCCUGAGAAAUUGGUUAACAGUGGUCCAUCAGUUGUGGUGGCUCCAAAUAAUUUGGCUCCACCAGUUAGCUUGUGCAGCCAAGGAUCAACAGCGUCGCUUUCUAAGCCAAAAUACAGGCAUGAAUUCUAUCAGAAGCCAGAGGAAGUGGUGGUAACAAUAUUUGCAAAGGGCAUACCAGCAAAUAGUGUCGUGGUUGACUUUGGUGAACAAAUUCUUCAUGUUACGAUCGAGGUGCCUGGUGGGGAAGCAUAUCAUCUUCAAACUAGAUUAUUUGGAAAGAUAGCUCCUUCAAAAUGCAGGUAUGAAGUCAUGUCCACAAAAAUCGAGAUUCGUCUUGCCAAGGCAGACUCUGUACACUGGACGUCACUUGAAUACCAGAGGGAUGCUGCUGUUCCGCAGAAAGCAAAUGUAUCAUCAGGCAAUCAGAAACCUGCUUAUCCAUCUUCGAAACCCAAAAGAGUAGAUUGGGAUAAAUUGGAAGCUCAAGUGAAAAAGGAGGAAAAGGAAGAGAAACUCGAUGGUGAUGCGGCUCUUAACAAGUUCUUUAGAGAGAUAUACAAAGAUGCCGAUGAGGACACUAGGCGAGCUAUGAGCAAAUCUUUUAUUGAAUCAAAUGGAACCGUGCUAUCUACAAACUGGAAUGAAGUUGGUUCGAAGAAGGUCGAAGGAAGCCCGCCUGAUGGCAUGGAGGUGAAGAAAUGGGAGUACUGAUAAUCUUUCGUUGUGCUUGAACUUGUUCAUAUCUUCCUCUUAGCUCAGUCCAAGUUGAGAGUUUCUUCUAUUCAAGAAUUUCAAGUUUGGUUUUUUGUUAUGAUACUAGUGGCCUAAAUUUGAGUACUGUGGGUGGUCUUUUUUUGUUCAGUUUUCAUGUCCUUUUUAGCAGCCUUCUUGCUGUUUGAUUAAUAUUUUGGUUUUGAGUCUGAAUUUUUAUUUGGAGUUACCUGUUUGAGAUCUUGCAUUGUCUUAUGGGCAAGUGUGGUUUGGUUUGAAACUGAUGGAGCUCUUUAACAUGAUGGUGCUCU